AUGCAGAGCAGCGAAGUUUCUACAAAAGUAGAGAGUACACAACUACGUACUUCAACUCCUUAUGCAAAUGUGUUUACGAACCCCAUCGACACCAUCAUCAAGGUUCGUGUGGCAGGCAAGAAUUCAGAAGUCAACGAGAAUGCACCUGAAAAUGUCAUCACCGAAGAGAGAGGGCCGAAUGUGGAUAUCAUCAUCAAGGACACCGCGUCGAAGGUGAACAAAGCAACAUUUCGCAAACUGAAACUCUUUGUUUGGAAAUACCUUACGCGUGUAACCACUCAAGAUGCGCGAAAGAAACUCGGGAUGGAGCUAAUGGGGCGAGAAGUUUAUGGCCACAAGAAUCACGGCCAGUUCAUGGACUAUGCCAAAUAUUACGGCAAACUCUAA